AUGGCUGACCUGGCGCUUUUAGAAGACGCAUAUGCGCCCUUAAGGGAAAGUGUAUUUCAGGAUAGGCGAAAUCUUCCGAAUGAAUCAGAUGAAUGGCUGAUGAGCAGAUUCCGUCCUCCAAGCCAUCUUCUCCUGGAGCUGUGCAAUAACCUGGAGCCCUACCUUCAAUGUGAGACCCGGCAGUCAAGGGCCUUACCUUUUCCAGUCCAGGUUCUCUCCACACUGGGGUUCUUGGCCACUGGAACCUUUCAAAGGGGGAUUGCUGACAGGUCUGGUAUAUCCCAACUCACCAUGAGCCGCAUGCUGUCAUUCGUGCUGGCUGCCAUCAGGACUCUCAUCCCACACUACAUCAAAUUCCAAUAUGACAAUGCCCAGCAAACAAUGACUAAAAGCGGGUUUUAUCAGAUUGCUAGGAUUCCAAAUGUCAAAGGUGCAAUUGACUGUACUCACGUGCGUCUGAAACCACCAUCGGUUAAUGAAUAUGCAUACAUCAACCGCAAAAAUUAUCAUUCAGUCAAUGUGCAACUUAUUUGUAAUGCCAGACUCUGCCUAUUAAAUGCUGUGGCACGAUGGCCUGAAGGCACCCACGAUGCCUUCAUUUUUGAGCACAGCAGCCUGUGCAGACGACUGCAGGAGGGCGCAUUGAGGGGUCAUGGUUAUCUUUUAGGUGACAGAGGUUAUCCUCUUUUGAACUUUUUGAUCACCCCUGUGCCAAACCCUGUGACGCAUCUGGAGCGCAACUUCAACCACAUGCACGCAUGA